CAUCAUCUUACAUAAAUGACUCUAAGACGCGCCAUGUAUGACAUGAAACGCCAUCAAAGAGUCUAAUUCAGUAUAGUCUAAUUUAUUUUUUUGUUCUUCCUCGACAGCUUCUAGCUCUUCUAGAACGUUAAAUUCUUUAAUGUGUCUAUGGAAUGUGGAUAAAGUUUGAAUAUCUAAAAGAAAUGUUGACAAAUCUACGCUUCUUGGUUGCUUUGAUAAUUAUCAAAGGGAAUGUUAUCUUUUUUCACAUGAUGAGAUACUCAAACGGCUUUUUUUUCUGUAUUUAUAGCCUCUUCUUCUGCUUCGACUGAAAGCACAUAACAAUCAAUAUGCGUUUGACUUGUGCUAUCCCAGCAGCUGUUAUGCUGUUGUCUUCCUUCGUUGCUGCAUUAGAUAAUGCUGAAUUUAAUUCUGCUUCUAUCCAAUCAAUGGAGCGUCCUAAUGUUGCUUUUUACAAGAAGAACCAAGGUGAUGGUCGCUAUCUUGAGGAGGAUUUCAAAGACGAUGAGGGUCAAGGCAUUAUUAUUAUUGAUAGAGUAACAGAAACGAUCACAAUAAAAGAAAUAGCCACAGUCACAGAAAAAGAAAUGGUCACAGUCACAGAACAAGAAAUGAUCACAGUCACAGAACAAGAAAUGAUCACAGUCACAGAAUUGGACACAGUCACAGAAAAAGAAACGAUCACAAUCGCAGGACCAGAUACAAUUACGGAAACCGUUUCUGUAACUGUAACCGUCCCAUCUUCACCUAUUCCAAGAUGUUUUAAGGCAGACACAAGAACUCCAGUACAACAGCGUGGUACUCCAUUCUCAUACUCUGAUUGUGCAGCUGUUUGUCAAAGACGGAACCUUCCUAUCGCAGGUCUUCAGUACCGUGUUCGUCAAAACAGCAACAAUCUUUAUGCUUGUUUCUGUUACCCUAGUGGUGGAACUUUGCCUAGCACGCCAUCGGAUCGAUGCCAUCUAUUCCAAGAAAGUAGUAACCCCAAUUACUUAUACUACUAUGGUGAAACUGUUAACGAAAUCUAUCUGUUCCCUGCUACCCAAGGUAAUGUACUAAGCGGUAUCAACAAUCCAUCUGCCCCUUAAAUAUUUACUCAAUAAACUUAACACUUGACU